UAGAGAGCACAUUGAAGCACACAACAGAGAGUGUGAUUUAUAUUAUGUCUAAAUUACUAGCUUCUCAUACAGUAAAUGAAUGAUAUAAAUAUUAUUUUACGGGAAGAUAAAUAGUAAGCUGCUUGUCAACAUAGGAAAUAAAUGGACUGUCAUUUAACAUAUGAGUAAUAAGGGAAGAUUGUUAAAAAUCGAUUCGAAUAUGAAAAAUUGGAGAAAGAAAAUUCAAAACUUGUUUAGUUUCAAAAGGGAUUCACAGGCAACUGGAGCGUAUGAUGGUGUCAUUAUGAUUGGACGACAAGCAGACCGUAACACAUCACAAAAUAGAAGAUUACCGCCAACCCCUCUAUCUAUUGCGUCUCAAAUGACGAUUCGUCAAAAGACUGAAGACCAGAUGCCUUCAAACUGGUCAAAAAAUAGAAAGGCAACCAACUGUAAAGAUAACCUAGAAAUACAGCAUAAAUCGAGGGAAACUCAACGCGAGUGCGGUGUAAAACAUAGCUUAAAAGGCGGUAAUGCGGUAAACAUUAAAAGUAGAAACAAUUUAAAGCAAACCGCAGUGAAAGAUAAUUGCAGCAAUAACGCUAAUAUGACAAAGAAAAGACAAUCAGCUGUAAAGGAUUCACUGUUUGUGCCUGAAAUUCUUAUUUCGCAUGUCGGAAAUGAUGACGAAUAUGGCCAAACGAAUACGUCUAAAAAUGUUUACGUUUGCGGGAAUCUUGAUAACGACAUGUGGCAUCGUCUGCUUGUUGAUUUGUGUAGAGAAUUUUCGGUACGUUGUAUCUCGCCAUCAGAAUACCCAGAAUGCAAUAAAUGGUUAUCAAAAACUGAUGUUUUCGUAUUUCUUAUGGAUGACGUAUCAGUGAUAGAACCAGCGUUCAAGGACCAACUUCGAAUGGCAUUAAUGUUAGACUUAUAUAUUGUUUAUGUCCGAGACUUAGGUUUCGAAUUGAAAACGGGUGGAAGGUGGGAUGGCAUUUGGAAAUCAGAAAAUGUGAAGGAACGUUCAAAUCCAGAACAGGCUGAUCCGAAUAUAAAAGCCGAAAUGUUGAUAACACAACAAGUACGUCCGGAUAUUGCCAGUUUAGAGGAAGGUGGGAGAAGGAGAAAAAGUGUGGACGAGAAAGAAGAUAUGUAUCUGGGAUCUGUAGAUUCGGCCACUAUUAUUCAUCCAAGUAAUAUAUCGGUGAUAAGAGACAAUCUUAAUUCAAGCACUAAAUCAGACUAUUUAUCGAGUGACACUUACCGAGCAACAUUAUCAGCAGAUGAAUGUGGCAAAGUUUAUCCUGGCGGAGAAAUUGACAUAAAUGAAGUUAUUGAAUCUGAAUACGGCACGUCAUUAGUUUAUCAUGACCUUUAUCACCCAAAAUGUCUUGAGAGAAUAAUUUCUUCUAUAAAAAGUCAUGACCCGAAGGUAAUAAGUGGAGCAACGUCGCUUACACGCAGUCAACAUUCGUUGAUGAGUAGUACAAUGUCUCUAGGUCAUCGCAGCCGUUCCGUAUCAUGUAACGAAUUGUCGCACGAUGGAACUCGCCCUUAUUUGCAUACGCCAGCAUUGUCGAUGUUUUCUAGCGUGAGCAAUGACUCGGCGGUAGGAGACAUGUUCCACAGAAUGUCGCCGGAACCUUACGCCCAAGAAGCAGACGAACACUUGCCGGCCGAGCGUUCUUUCUCUCCUAACGACAAUUCGUUAUCAAGCAGACAAUUCAGCCAAUCAGAAACAAUUUAUAUUGUAUCACCAGACAGUGGUAAUGAAAAACUUAGAGUUUUUCAUUGGCCAGAGGAUGUUGAAAAAGAGUCCAUUGCAAAUUCACCGUCUAUAGACUCACUUGGAUUUCAAGACAUUGACUUAAGUAAGCAGGUUAAUGAAAUUGACCUUUUUGAUGGAUACAUCACUGACUGAAAGCAAUUCUACUUGAUUUACUGUCGUCCAUGCUUGCAUUCCUCAAUAAAAGAAAUAGCUAUCCAUCUGAUUUAGAAAAACUUAUGUGUAGUUUAUUGUUUUAAGUAUCGGCUCAUAGUUUAACAACUACUGCUGAAAAUGUUGUAGAAGAAAAAAUCAACAGCAAGAAAGAAAUGAGGGUUUUUCUUUCAAACUACAAGAAACUGUUUUAUUCAUUUGAUACUUUGACACCUUACAACCUGCACCUUACUAUACCUAGCAUGAUGC